UGAAGCUUCUUACUAAACUCGGUUGUUUGGGUUAGAGUCGAAACUAAAUUUUUUUGGAUUUUUAAGUUUUUUGCUCAAUCCGGCCUAUUCAUUCACCCAGCGAAAUGAAUUCAAACAGCAGUAGCGCGACCGCUUUGUUUGCCUGCUCUCGGUGCUUCACCAGGCACCCGUUUGAGGAGUUGUCCGCUGGACAGCAGCUCUGCAAGGAGUGCAGAGGUGCCUUUCCAAUUGUCAAAUGCACAUUUUGCCGGUCUGAAUUCCAGCAGAGCACAAAGGGUAGCACUUCGACGAUCUGCAAAAAAUGCGAGCAAAAUGUGAUCCAAUACGGCAAGCCGAGCGCCUGCAAAUAUUGCAACAUUAUUGCCGCCUUUAUAAACAACAAGUGCCAGCGGUGUUCGAAUUCUGAAAAAAAGUACGGGCCGCCAGUUACGUGUGAGCAGUGCAAGCAGAAGUGCGCUUUUGACCGCAAGGAUGACGAUAAAAAGGUGGACGGAAAACUGCUUUGCUGGCUUUGCACUUUGAGUUACAAGCGGACUCUGGCCAAGACGAAACAGACGCAAGCUGAGAGGCACAAGAUGCAGCAGAAGGAACGCAAAGACAAGGUGGGUCACUACAAGCACAAGCGUCCACACCGCGUUGAUGUAACCAAAAUGCCCGGUGAGCCGCCUGUGAAGGUGCAAAAGGGCCCUCCGACGCCCAUCACCGAGAUCGACCCGACAUCUAGUGAUCACGUUGUAGCCAUGACGCAGCUCAAGGAGAAGAUCGCCUCCAUGCAGAAGCAACUGCAGCAAAAGGAUGCUAGUCUGUUUAGCAAAGACAAGCAGAUCACUGAAUUGAAAGCGAAACACUUUACCGUCGAGCAAGAAUUGCGUGCUAAAAUGAAGUCUAUGCAGAAGGACCAUGAUAAUAAAACCGAGCAGAUGCAAAUCAAGAUGAAGAGUAUGCAGAAGGAAUUGGCCGUUCUUUCCAGAAGCAAAGGGAAGGGAGUUUUGAGCAAAGAAAUUGCUGCGGGCAGCGGCAGUGGAACUGACAGUCCGUCACUUGCAUGAAUCCGGGUUUUUUAAAGAAAAAACAGUACUGCUAUAAUCAGAUAUUCUGAGGUUUCAACGAGAAAAAUAGUUUUGUAAUCUCAACAGUGAAGAUCACUGCCUCAUUCUAAUGCGGUUAAUUCCAAAUUGCUUGUCUGGCAUGAAUAGCUCGAAUUUCAAACGUUCAUUGAAACUUCUAAUUGGAUCUAUUUUUGAAAUCAGCCGCUACAAUUUUAAUUGACCUGUCUCAUUAAUUUUAAUAAAGGAUUUUAAUGCAA